ACCGAGCACAUUAUACUGUGACUCCAAAGGAAGGGACUCCAUUCGAGCCUUGUUGUUAUUAUUCCGAGCUAACUGUCAAGUCACCUGUUUCCAAGCCCAAAACUGUCGAAAUGUCUUCAGAUUUUGAAGCCUACGAGCAGGACUUUGGCACCCUCACAGCAGAAGUAACCAACAAGAUCGGAAGAAUCCCCAAACUAAGCGGAGAGGAGAAGACACAGCUGGUUCUAAAUGUCGACAAACAGCUUGAAGAAGUCAGAGAGUUGUUGGAGCAGAUGGAUCUCGAGGUGCGGGAGAUCCCCAUCCAGAGCCGAGCCAUGUACAACAGCAGACUGAAGAGCUACAAGCAGGAGAUAGAGAAGCUUGAGAAAGACUUUAAAAGGUCACGUAUUGCCUACAGUGAUGAGGUGCGCAACGAGCUCCUGGGGGAUGACGCCAGCUCCUCGGAGAACCAGUUGAUUAAGUUACGUGAAGAGAGAGCGCAUCUGUUGGACAACACAGAGAAGCUGGAAAGGUCAUCACGGAGACUGGAAGCCGGCUACCAGAUAGCAGUAGAAACUGAACAAGUGGGUCAGGAGAUUCUUUCCAACCUGCACGGUGACCGUGAGAAGAUCCAAAGAGCCAGAGAAAGACUGAGAGAAACAGACGCCAACCUGGGCAAGAGUUCUCGCAUCCUUACCGGCAUGCUGAGAAGGAUCAUCCAGAAUCGUAUCCUGGUCUUCGUCCUCGGAGCCAUCAUCGUCCUCACCAUCAUCUUGGCCAUCUAUUUCAAUGUGCGAGGCCACUGAUCUCCUCUCCACACACAUAAAAGCGCACACACACACACACACACACACACACAAACACACACACAAAUACACACACACACACACGCCCCCCCGCCCCCCUGACACAAAUACAAACACACACACUCGUGAUUAAUAGCGACAAAAGCGUUGUUCUGUUGUAAUUAGGACAAAUGGUCCCCAUGAAUCACUGUUUCCAAAGCCUGACAGAGCGCUUUUUUCCAUUCUCUUUCUCCUUUCCUGUUUGCUGUUUCUUUCUCUCUUUCGUUCUCUCUCUACCGUUUUUUUCCCCACACUUUGCACUUCUCUUUCUUUCUUCUUUUUCUUUUCUCCCCUCAUUUGUCCUCUCUCUCUCUCUCUCUUUCUCUGUCAGGCUGUUUCUCUCUUACGUCUGCCAGGACAAGAACGGAGGGAGAUGUUUUAUGAUAGUUCAUACCGUUCACGGCGUCGUCCUCAGUAUGGUUUUGCAGCCCAUCCUGUCUCCAGGUGAACGAGUCCUGGGGAUGUGUUUUGCAGAUUUAGAUAUGUAGAUUUUUUUUUUUCCCAGCGAUAGGUGGGUCAAGUGUUAUUCAGGAUGUGUGUGUGUAUACAUGCAGGAGAAGACGGUAUAAACGCACAUGUACGCAUGUUAGCACAUGUGCAUGACUGACAGUCAUGGAUUCGAGGGCCCACACUGUGUUUGUUAUUAACGCCAACAGUCGACACACACAUGCUGUAGUAAGUAUGAGCUCCUGUAACUAAACGAUUCAGCUGUUUGUCAUGUAGCCCCGCACAGCACAGAGGACAGUGCCUUCAGAUGAGAUAUGCCGUUCAUACUCCUCCUUUUUAAAAAGCUCGGCAGAGCCCCCAAAAAUAGACGAGCGGCGCUGCCUUGAAGAGCGAGGACGUACAUGAAAAGGUCGAGGUCAGUUCAGCUUCAGUCGAUCAAGGUGAAAGUUUUGUUUCAUGAGGAGGGAAUGUUUAUUUUCAAUUACUGCAUUCAGGAAAGGAAACAUUUUAGGAGAGUUUGGAGCUAAAAAAUAAAAAGUCUUUUAAUACAAAACAGAUCUGACCCCAACCAUGGCACAAACAAUACAUGAAUACAACAUGGUUUCUUCAGACAUUAAAACCAGCUUUAAUAUCCACAUUUGGUACCCUGCACCUCCCAAACACAGAUUUCCACAUCGCACUCCCCUGGACUUUUUAACAUAACCAUGUGAUUAUGAAAAACGAUAGACAAUACUGUACGUACUAACAUUUACAUCUACAUCAUGUAUAGUGUUUUGCUCUUAAUACUUAAGUGAUUCUGUUACUAUUUAUUUAUAAAUGCUUAAAUGAGUUUUCAAUGAAAGUUUCUGUGCUAGAUCUGUAUAUUUUAUGAAGUUUAAAGGUCUUCAGAAUUAACAUUAGCAAUGUUUUUUUUUUUCUUCGUCUUCUACUUGAUUUUUGGUGUUCAGUGAUUAGAUUAACACGCAGACACCAGGACCAACUGAAAUGUGUGUGGAUUGUCUUUUUCUUUUCUUCUUCUGUUCUUUAUAAAAGGAUCUAACUCGUUUUAGAACUUGUACUUUUUGUUUUCUAUAUUUCUCUCGUCAAGUUCUGAACAUUGUGAUGCAGUCCUUGUUUCUGUGUUUAUGUGUACGCUGACUGAUGAUGUGAUACAUUUGCAGGUGUUUGAAAAGAAAAAAAAAAAGACGUGUGUGAGUUUACUGCUGUUUGAUUCUUCUGGGGAAAGCCAUUCUUCUAAAUCUAUCUACAUUUAAGAGCAUAUUUGGUGGAUUUAUUUAUUUUCUAUUUUUUUAAGUUGGAGACAUGGAGGUAAUGCUGUGCACGGCACACACAAAAAAAACAACACACACACACAGACAGAGGUGAGGUAUUGGAGUGUGCAUGUGUCUCCUGUGGUCGGUGUGUUGGUUCCCGGCGAGGACAUUUGCUAUUCUGUUUCAGGGCCACGGUCUUCGUUUUUCGAAGAUGCAGGGGUGUCGAGGUGGUGAGCCCCCCCCUCCUCCUCCUACCAACCACCAUUACACAGGCCCUCACCAGCCGCAGCGCCGCCGUCUGCUUCAAAGCCUCAAAUUAAUGGCCAACAAAAUAGUGUGCCUCUGACCGUCCCAUGCGGGGCCGACCCACCAAGACUUAUCAUUAAAGUGAAGCAAUAAUGAAAGAAGGAAGGGAAGGAAGGGGAAGAAAAGGAGGGAGAAGGAAGGAAGUGAAUAAGGAAGUAAGGAGGUUGGGGGGUGAAAUCCCUGGCAGUUUGACAAACCUCAUCUGGUAAUGACCCUCAGUGAUUGUUUUUUCACCCAGUGCACAGUGUGUGUGUGUGUGUGUGUGUGUGUGUGUGUGUGUGUGUGCGUGUCUCUGCAUGUGCAGCCAACCUACGUGCUGAUGUGGUCUCUUCUCUUCCCCUCUUUCUAGCUCUCUGUCUUUCUCUUGCACCCCCUCCCUCUUCCCUUUCUCUCUCUCUACCUCUCCUGCCACCUUUUCUCCUCCUCCCCCCUUCCUCCCCCCUUCCUCCCUCCUCUCCCAGCCUGUCAGAUGAGCGGAGCAGUAGCUAGCGAGUGAGCGGUGGAAGGCAGCGUGGCGGCGGCUUCUAUUUGAAGUUGUAAUGGUGUCAAAAAGUCAGGGCUGACUGACAGACGUCAGUCCCACAGGGCCUCAUUAAAAACAGACCCACUUGACAAGGAAAUAAUUGAGCGCCGGCGACAACUCGGGGGCCCCUCCGCGUUUUUAGAUGUUUUUAUUUUCUUUUCAUUAUUAGCGCCGAGCUAUUAUGUUCAUUAAGAAAUGGCAUUAAGACAAGUUUUUAAAAGCAGUUAAAGGAAGGGAGGGGCAGAGGGAAGGCAGGAUGCACGGAGGUGGGAAGAUAACGAUUUGUUUAGAGCCCCCGUCCUGUUUUAUUAUUUAAACAGGAGCACUGUCAUGUGAUACCUUGGCAGACGUCGGCUAUCAUCUGCCACUCCUCCCUUUUUUCCCCUCUUUUUUUAUCCCCCCCUUCUUCGCUCAUCCCUCACUUUUUCCUCCUUGCUUUUAUCUUCCCCUCCUCUGCCCGUCUCCCUCUUUCUCCACCUGCCCGUCUCUCUCCCUCUCUCCUCAUCCCUUUCUUUCUCUCCCCUCUGAGAGGCGGGUGUCGUUGGAAUAUGAACUAGAUUAUUCAUCGAUGCCCCCCCGCCCCCCACGCCCUGCCACCACUCCCCCCAGUCCGCUGAUUUGGUUUUCGACAAGCGUCUCACCGCAGAAGGCUGAGGAUGAAAACUUGUCAAAAAUAGGUUAUAUCUUAUUCCAAGGGGCAACAAUAGCAGCAGGUACAGACACCUUUUAAUAUUUAAUUUAGACGGGUGUUAACCCUCCUUAAGUGACUGGAGCUGUGUCUUCCAUACAGACACCAGGAGAGAAACAUGGGGUGAAGCGAGCAAGAGGGGAGAGCAAUUAAUUAUUUGAUGUCUGAAAAGUGAUUUUGAAGCUCUCCCUGCCUUCGCCUGUUUGCCAGAGAGAGGAUCGAGUCUUUGGGUGUCCCUGUUCAUUUCCUACACCGACCACGUCCUCAGCCUGGCUGUCCUGUGAGAGCUGAAACAUUUCCACCUGAAUCACAUUUAAGGUCCUCGCUCCUUCUGCGCCUCACUUGAUACAGCAACGAUAACAUGAGUGAUGAUAUAGCAACAGUUUUGGGUCUCUUAUUUCAUCAGCGGAAUUUAUUUCACACCACCAUCUUGCAUCAGUCUGUCUCGCCAAUAUCCCUCGUGCCCAGCUCAGCAGUUACUCUCCUGUUCUCUCCCGGUCCUUUUUUUUUCUAGAAGGUUUACAUACAAGUAAAAGUAAAAGGAAAAAAAGGUUCCUCGACAAGGAACUUGUGUGACGCACCACCAUUACAAGGAGCCUCAUGUUUGUCAGCCAUUUAAGACAACGAGGGAUUGUGACAAGCGUCGUUUGAGCUGUGUGUCCCACGGCGAAGGGCGGGCCUUAAACGGGAUAAACAGCCCCAGUGGUGGGAUCACGACGGGAGGGUGGGUGCCUCAUCUCCAGGAGUGUCCAUGAUUGUGCCACACACACACACACACACAUAUUAAAGGAGGCCCUGCAACAACAGCUACCCAAGAAAAACCCACAAUGGCACUGUUUGAGAACUACAAUGAAUCUUCCACUGUUUGAUUCAGCGCACACUCGCACUGUCACACAUAUGGUUGGACGCCCCCACCCACCCACCCCCCCUCCCGAUAAAAAGACACACACACACACACACGCUCUAGUGUACGGCUGUUAGAAGAGGAGCCAUGUUCUCCGUUUGUACACGCCACCAGUCCUAGAAGAAUGGCUUUCUUUCUCUCCUCGGCCCUUUAUCUGUCUUUUCUUUCGCCCCCAUCAGCGCCGUCGACCAUUUUUAAUGGUGUUUGUGGUCACAAAGAAAUGACAAUGCCCCCCAUUAUUUGAGGAAAUCACAGGGGCUGCAGUCAUACAUGCAUACAUGGAUGUUUGUGUGCAUGUGUGUGCACAGGAUGUGUCCCCCUGUGAGAUGGAGCAAUGUUGAAUCGCACAGAUAUGUUUGUGUACAUCCAGAAUGUCCGCAUGACUCAUUUUUUUUUCUCCUGUCGCCCGGGAUCUUCACUUCAUCUCGUUCCUUCGGUAUAACCAAUCAAACUCUGAGCUGCUCCUAAAACUAUAAAGACUCUUGUGAUCUCUUGUCUGUCGUUGUCGUUUAACAUCUGUCAUUAAAGCAGUUCUGAAUCUCAGCAAA